AAGGCGGGCGGGCAGCAGGGGCGCCCGUGCGAGUGUUGCGGCGAGGCGGACGGCCGCGACGCCGUGCGCUGCGGCACGUGCCCCGCGCGGCGCCACCUGAUGUGCUUCUUCCCGCCGCUCGCGGACGCGUGCGAGGCGGCCGGCUGGCAGUGCGACGGGUGCGUCCGGGCGGUCGCCAGCGGCGGCGUGCUGCGCUCGCUGCCCGCGGUCGGCGAGACGAUCGAGGUCGACAUCGCUGAGGCGGAGGCGGCGGGCGGCGGUGGCGCGUGGGUGGCGGCGGAGGUGGCGGAGCAUCUCGGCGAGGGCCGCUUCGCCGCGCGGUACGAGACGUGGCGCUUCUGCGCCUCGCUCGGCGACAGCGCCUCGCACCGACUCUCGGGUCAUCUCGGGUCAUCUCGGGUGAUCUCGCGUCAGGAGCUCUCGAUGGACGAUGAGGGGCUCGAUUGGCGCCGACUCCCGCCGCAGGGCGCGGCGGCGGCGCAGGCGGCCGCUGCCGCGGCCGCCGCCGCGGAGGAGGCGGCGGCGGCGGCGCGCGCUUCCGCUGCGGAGAGGCGGAGCGCCGAUGCGGCGGCGCUGGCGCGGGACACGCAGCCACGGCCCAGCCCGCUGCUCGCUAAGGUGGAGGCGUUGUUCCGCGAGGGCUACGUGAUCGCCGACGGUUGCAUCGACGCGGUCCAGGUGGAGACGUGCCUCGACGUGGUGGAGGAGGGCUUCAAGCACUACAUGCAUUCGGUCAAGCAGCUCGACCUGCAGGAGGAGCUUCUCGCCUCCGGCUUCAUGGAGAUCAAGAUGCGCUCCGCCGGCCGGUGGGCGAGCCCGUCGACCCCACCCGCGCUCGGCUCCGACGCGACGCUCACGCACUUUGGCUGCAUGCUCUCCUUCCCGGGCUCCGCCACACAGCCGUGGCAUUCGGAUGGGCCGCACAUGAACGCGGGGGGCGACCCGCGCUUCGUCGCGCCCGUGCACGCGGUCAACGUGUUCGUGCCGCUCGCAAACGGCCCGACCGAGUAUGUCCCUGGCUCGCACCUCGACUUCGACGCCAAGGUGCCCUCCAAGACGCCGAGCCUCAAGGCGGGCAGCGCGCUCAUCUUCGACUACCGGCUCAAGCACCGCGGGCUUGGCAACAGCGGCACCGAGGAGCGGCCCCUCCUCUACAUCACGUACGCGAAGCCCUUCUGGCUCGACGUCUACAACUUCGACCGCAAGCGGUACAAGAACUUGCCCGCCGCCAGCCGCGCCGAGCGGACCGAGAAGCGGCAGCGGACGAUUUUCGGCGGGCUUCCCUAG